AGUUUUUAGUACCGUAUAUCAUAUUAGUUGUAUUGGUAUAGGCUUAUGCCUACUUGACUUCUUCUCCUUGAAAAAAGUAACAUCAUAACUUGCUCCUAAUAAUUUUGCCAUUCUCGUGGCUUUGGAAUAUAUCAGAACAAGACGAUGAAAAUCUUUUUAAGGAUCGUGUUAACCUUUGGUCUGGUAUUCCUUAUUCUUCCAUCAGAAACAACCUCGAUGUGGUGGUAUGUGGCACAACUGAGCAGCGUGGGCUCCCGAAUAUUAUGCGAGAAUAUCCCUGGCCUGGUCGGAAAACAAAGACAGCUAUGCCGUGCCAACCCGGACGUGAUGAUCAGCCUGGGAGGUGGUGCUAGGGUUGGCGUCGAAGAAUGUCAGAACCAGUUUGUAACGGAUCGAUGGAACUGUUCAACAAUUGAGGGGGAUGCCACAGUUUUCGGCAAAGUGAUGUUAAAAACUGGCAGCAGGGAAGCGGCUUUUGUAUAUUCGAUAUCAUCUGCCGGCGUAGUGCAUUCUAUUACGCGGUCGUGUAGCAAGGGAGAUCUAUUAGACUGUGCAUGUGAUCCAGAAAAACGUGGAACCGAGAAGGACGAGUAUGGGCCCUUCGAGUGGGGAGGCUGCAGCGAUAACGUUCAAUAUGCAUCUGAAUUCACCAAACAGUUCGUUGAUGCGAAGGAAAAGAAACAAAGUGAUGCAAAAGCCCUUAUGAAUAUUCAUAACAACAGGGCGGGGCGAAGGGCGGUUAUUCGUGCGAUGAAACUGCAAUGCAAAUGCCACGGAGUGAGCGGAGCUUGUAAUAUAAGAACCUGUUGGUUAGCAAUGACCGAGUUCAAUAAAGUAGGUACAGUACUGAGGAAACGUUACGACAGCGCCACGGAGAUAAUGAUGAAUCAGGACAGUACGGGUAUAAUAGUUGCCAAUAAGAACCACAAAACGCCUACAAAAUCAGAUUUAGUCUACUUCGAAAGUUCACCCGAUUACUGCGUCAUGAAUCACAAAACAGGUUCACUAGGAACAGCAGGUCGCGUAUGUAAUAAAACGUCCCAAUCUACAGACGGAUGUGACAUCAUGUGCUGUGGGCGAGGCUACAAUACCGCGCGUGUGACACGUACAACAAAGUGCGAGUGUAAAUUUCAUUGGUGUUGCUUUGUGCGAUGUAAAGAGUGCACUGAAACAGUUGACGUACACACGUGUAAAGCACCAAAAGAGGAAAAGACAACCACACAGAUACACCGGAGAAAAUUACCAGACAAGAAGAAAAAACAAAGAACACAUUCUGAUGACGAUGACUUAGACGGAGACUUAGAUAAUGCAUUACAAACAAGCAGACAAUCUUUAUAGUUAAGUUUAUAUUUAUAACGAUUCACACAAUUAAUUUAUAUCAUUAUCUUCUCCAUACAAAUACCUUAAUAUCAAUACGAAUAUAAUUUGUAUUGUUGUUUCGACAACCUACACUUAACAAAACUACGUUGAAAUCUCAUUUAUUUGUAUUUGUAAAAUAUUUUGCUUUAAUAUUAAUUUUUUUUAUAAAUUAAUAUUGGCAGUAUAAUAAUGCCAUUAUUUUUUUUAUUAUUUUAAAAUAUAAUUUUAUACAUGAUUAAAAAUCAUUUUGUAAAAAAAGAACUCAUUGGUGGAGAGGAUUUUCCAUUUUUCAGGAUGUUUUAUUUGUUUCAGUGAUGUAUAUAUAUUAGAAAAUUACUUCCAGUAAAGUAAACAUUAAAGAGCAGAAUAUGUUUUGCCACAA